UGUUCACCGUCUACUGUGAUGCAGACUGACAUAUGACAUGUAUGAGCUAGAGCAUUGUGCAUGAAGUAAUGAAGGUACGUUUUCUAUGUUUACAUCAAAAAAAGAAAAUGAACAUUCAAGUCUAAUAGAACAAAUGGAGUGUUAUUUAUCUAGAAUGGCCAAAACAAAGUCCAUACAGUGGCCAUAGAAAAUGGUAAGAGAUUCUAAGUAUGAGUGGAGUGGUGGAAAAACAUAUAAAAUGUGAAGUGCAUGGAGAGUUCCUACAACAUAUCGAUAAAAUUUGAUAAAAAGGCUACCAAACUAAUUAAUAAUGAGAGUGUGAGGAAAGGAUGUGGAUAUGAGGUCAAAAUAAUAAUUUGAGUGGGCGAUAAAAUGUUUUUACUUUCGUAAAAAUAUUUACGUGGUGAUAAAUGGACUACUCUAAGCUUUUCAUCCAACGAUAUUCAAUUUGUUUCAUGUUAAGUCUUUUAAUUAACUAAUAAAACAAUGUUCUUACGUCUAAAUCAUCAUCUAGUGUCGCAAUUUCAUCUUUAAUCGAAGAUUUUCUUUUGCUGGCCAUAUUCACAUGUGUGACGCAAAGCACUCUGGGUAAAUACACUAAUUGAACUUCCGCUUCCGGGUUUAGAAAAACAAAGUCAAAGAAAGGAUUGUCACGAAUCAGCCGUUUGACAUUAGUAAGACAUUUUAACACUUUUAACAUGGACUAAAGAAACAUAAGAAUUGAAUCGACUGAAAACCAUAAUAUACCAUCGCCUUAUUUAUAGAAUAGGUAGAAAAUACAAUAAUAAAACAAACAAUUUUUAGAAAGUAAUUUCCAUAAAUCUAAUCUCAGUACAGGAGAUUAGUAAACAACAGCAGUGAACAGGAAAUACUUCAUCGAACAAAAUGGACUGCAUACAAAGGAAAGCACUGAGACUAUUGAAUUAUUUCUCACUUAUGACAUUAAAAUGUUUUUAUUCUGGAUUAAUAUUAAUUACAAUUGUCUGCGGUUCUGAACAUCGUGAUGUCGAACUAUGUGGGAAAACUUUAGUAAUCGAUACAAAGAACAACACUCUUCAACUGGAUAUGUCAGAUAUAGGAUCUAACAUUUUGGAUUCGAAUUGUUCUUUAUUUGUUGGUUCACGAUUCAGAAAUAUGGGGUUACUUAUAAAUCUUGAUGUGCAAUACAAUGGAGAGACCACAAAUAGCUGUACAGAACUUUUGAUCACAGAGACUAAUAACGAGAAACAAUUGUUUUCACAUGUGAUUUGCUCAUCAAAUUUGAGAAUUGAUCGUUUUCUGAUGUCAUUGACUAAUAACGUUUCUAUAAAAUUUAUAACAACUGAACAAGCUGUGAACCCAAGGAGGAAUACUGAAAUAAAAUUAUCGGUUACUCCAUAUUAUCAAGCACAGAUACCACAAGAAGAAUGUUCUAAAGUUGGAUAUAACGUUUUAUGUAAGAAUCCUAUUGGAUCGUCACUUCAUACAUCCAUCUGUAUAAGUAAUAGCUUUGCCUGUGACGGCAUUGCUCAGUGCUCCCGACGCGAGGACGAGGAGCCCGAAGUCUGUAAUCGUGUUGCUAUGAUACAGAGACAGCUGUCUAUUCCACCCACCACUACUGUUGUCACAACAACAACUGCGAGCUCAGAAGAUUUUUCAAGUAUCUGGUCAUACACGUCAAUCGGUGUAUUUGGAUUACUAGUUUUUAUACUCCUAUCUAUAAGUCUUAGUCAGUGUUUAAAAGCACGUCGUAGUCAGCACGAAGAUGAGAUUGACAGUAACGCAAUGUAUCAGUUGUCAGAUGGAGAGGAAGGCCAAGUGAAUCCUGGGUAUGCACCGCCAGAAUAUAGCCUCGUAAGACGACAAAUUAGUCAGACCCCAAGUGAUAUUUCCCUCCCUCCUAAUUAUGACGAUGCAGUUAGAUUUCCAAUAUCACCAAUUCCUGAUGGUGACAUAGCAGAUGUUAACAUUGUAUCUGGGACAAUUCCACAAAAUAAUUCCGAACCAACUAUUGCUCAAGAAGCCUCGAGGGUAAGCUUCAUGUUAGGGGACUCCAUAAGCCCUCCGACAAGCCCAACUAAUACUACAAGUUCAACUACCGCACUUACAUAGAAACAGUGACAAUGUGAAAAAAUAUUCUUAUAUAUGGUGUAUUUUGAUAUACCUAUGGAUGCAGUAAAGAGAUAAUAUUAACAAAAACUGAAGAUACACUAUUUGUCAUAAUUGCAUGAAUGUAGCUAGGAUUUUCAACAAUUUUCCACUGAAACUAUGGACAUUAUCCCAUUGUAGUUAAAUAUCCCCAAUUUCUGGCUUAGUUUGCCUUACUUAUUUAAGCAUGCCUCACAUUUUUAAGUUUACCUCACAUAUUUUUGAAUCCUGGCUACUCCAUUGUAGUUGAGACAAUAAUUUGCUCAUAACUGACAUUUUUUGUUUACAGAAUUUAUAUUUUAGGCUAUGAAUAUUAAAAGGCUAUGAAAAUGUAGCAGAUUUAAUAAUGGUGUCAAUAUUGACUUAAGAAAGGGGUAUAUUUAAAUAGCCAUAUUCUGUUAUGUAUGAAGUGGUGCUGGAAAAGUGGUGGUAACGUCUGUUACGUCACUCAUCACUGUGCAAUUGAGAGUUGUGAUCAUGUUCAUUUAGAACACCAAUCAUGUUCAUUAAGAUCACCAAUCAUGUUCAUUAAGAUCACCAAUCAUGUUCAUUGAGAACACCAAUCAUAUUCAUUAAUAACACCGAUCAUGUUUAUUGAGAACACCGAUCAUGUUCAUUGAGAACACCAAUCAUAUUCAUUGAGAACACCAAUCAUAUUCAUUAAUAACACCGAUCAUGUUUAUUGAGAACACCGAUUAUGUUCAUUGAGAACACGGAUCAUGUUCAUUUAGAACACCAAUCAUAUUCAUUAAGAACACCGAUCAUUUUUCAUUUAGAACACCAAUCAUAUUCAUUUAGAACACCAAUCAUGUUCAAUUAGAACACCAAUCAUAUUCAUUGAGAACACCAAUCAUAUUCAUUAAUAACACCGAUCAUGUUUAUUGAGAACACCGAUCAUGAUCAUUUGGAACAUCUAUCAUGUUAAUUUAGAACACCAAUCAUGUUCAUUGAGAACAGCGAUCACAUUCAUUGAGAACACCGAUCAUGAUCAUUUAGAACAUCUAUCAUGUUAAUUUAGAACACCAAUCAUGUUCAUUGAGAACACCGAUCACAUUCAUUGAGCACACCGAUCAUGUUCAUUUAGAACACCAAUCAUGUUCAUUUAGAACACCGAUCAUGUUCAUUGAGAACACCAAUU